AUGGAUGCACUCACAUCUAUUCUCCCGUUCAAACAAUUUUUGCCAAGUAAAAUUUCCUAUGAUAAACAGGAAACAUUCUUGAAAUUGUUUAUCUUAACGUGUGCGGGUAUAUUGGCAUUCGCCACACGUCUAUUCUCUGUUUUACGUUAUGAAUCAGUCAUUCACGAGUUUGAUCCGUAUUUUAAUUAUCGAACAACAAAAUUUCUAGCUGAUGAAGGGUUUUAUUCGUUUCAUAACUGGUUUGACGAUCGCGCUUGGUAUCCGCUAGGUCGUAUCAUCGGUGGAACAAUCUAUCCUGGCUUAAUGGUUACAUCAGCAGCAUUCUAUCAUGUUUUGCGAUGGUUUCAUAUCACAAUUGACAUCCGUAAUGUAUGCGUCUUCUUGGCACCAUUAUUUUCGAGUUUCACAGUUAUUGUUACAUAUUUAUUAACAAAAGAAUUGAAGAAUGCUAGUGCUGGUCUUGUCGCUGCAUGUCUCAUCUCAAUCGUGCCUGGGUAUAUCUCUCGUUCAGUCGCUGGCUCCUACGAUAACGAAGGCAUUGCCAUCUUUUGUAUGUUGUUAACAUACUAUUUUUGGAUUAAAGCCGUCAAAUCCGGCUCGAUUAUGUGGUCAGCAUCGUGUGCAUUGGCAUACUUUUAUAUGGUCUCGUCAUGGGGUGGUUACGUCUUUUUAAUUAAUUUGAUUCCAUUACACGUUUUGGCAUUGAUGUUUACGGGACAUUUUUCGCAUAGAGUUUACGUUGCAUAUUCAACAGUUUAUAUUUUGGGUACAAUCUUAUCGAUGCAAAUACCUUUCGUUGGCUUUCAACCUGUUCAAUCAAGCGAACACAUGCUUGCAUUCGGUACAUUUGGUCUAUGUCAAUUGUUCUCCUUCAUUGAAUAUGUGAAAUCAAAAUUGACUAAAACACAAUUCGAUACAUUGUUCUCCUUCGCACUUGUUACAGUUGGUUUUGCCGCUGCUGGUGCCGGCGUUGUUCUUUGGGCUAGUGGAAAAAUUGCACCAUGGACUGGUCGUUUCUAUGCUUUAUUGGAUCCAUCCUAUGCUAAAAAUCAUAUUCCAAUCAUUGCUAGUGUCAGUGAACAUCAACCGACAGCAUGGUCAAGUUUCUUUUUCGAUUUCGAAUUACUUGUUUUCAUGUUCCCCGUUGGUAUCUAUUAUUGUUUCAAAGAAUUAACUGAUGCCAACAUCUUUAUUAUUAUGUAUGGAAUGACUUCAAUCUAUUUCGCCGGUGUUAUGGUUCGUUUAAUGUUAGUACUUGCACCAGUUAUGUGUGUUCUUUCCGGUAUUGGUAUUUCGAGCGUGUUAACAACUUAUAUGCGUAAUCUGGAUGUGAAUCAAUUGAAAAAGAGUGUUACGAGUACAGCUCAAAGCUCGACUCGUGCGCGUCGUAAUGAUGAUUCGUCAUCAUAUCCACGAAAGAAUGAAAUUGCCUUCGGUGUCGUUUGUAUGAUGACGUUCUUCUUAAUGACUUAUGUUUUCCAUUGUACAUGGGUUACAAGUGAAGCUUAUUCAUCUCCAUCCAUUGUUUUAUCAGCUCGUAGUGGUGAUGGAUCAAGAUAUAUAUUUGAUGAUUUCCGCGAAGCUUACUGGUGGUUACGAUACAACACUGACGAAGAUGCGAAAGUCAUGUCAUGGUGGGAUUAUGGUUAUCAAAUAACAGCAAUGGCAAAUCGAACUAUCCUUGUGGACAAUAACACAUGGAACAAUACUCAUAUCAGUAGAGUUGGCCAGGCUAUGUCGUCAACGGAAGAUAAAGCUUAUGAGAUCAUGCGUGAACUCGAUGUUGACUAUGUCUUAGUUAUCUUUGGUGGUUUAAUUGGCUAUUCAUCCGAUGAUAUCAAUAAAUUCUUAUGGAUGGUCCGUAUCGGUGGUUCUACUGAAAAGGGUGCACACAUUAAAGAAAGUGAUUACUUUACACCACAAGGUGAAUUUCGUGUGGAUAAAAGUGGUUCACCAACAUUGCUCAAUUGUUUAAUGUAUAAAUUAUCUUACUACCGUUUUGGUGAAACAUAUACUGAACAAGAUAAACCACCUGGUUAUGAUCGUACACGUUCUGUUGAAAUUGGUAACAAAAAUUUCGAAUUAGAAAAAUUAGAAGAAGCUUAUACAACUGAACACUGGCUUGUGCGAAUUUACAAGGUGAAAAAGGAGGAUAACCGUGGUCAAUCGUAA